AUGGACUCAAAGGUCAAGAAGGAGGAGCAAGACCCUACAUCAUCACUAGACCGAUUUCCAUCUGUGUUCCCCGAGGGAAAGCCUCGAGAGAAGAGCCUCACCGCUCCUGACAUGGAGCCACUCGCACCAAUUAUGACUGAAAGCACUCCCACGCAUCAGCAAUCCCAGGCACAACAUGGCUUCGGCAAGAAGGACGCCUCGAAGAUCAUCCGCGGAAAGAACAAAACGAUCAACAAACAGCGAAGAAAGAUCAAGCAGCUCGGAAGAAACCUCGAGGAGGCCAAGAAAUGCCGUUCAGUGGUACAAGACUCGAGAAGUGCACGGCUCCGAGCGGAAGUUGAGAGACUCAACAAUGAGUUGUCAUUGAAGGAGGAGAAGAUCAGAGGCGACCAGGAUUACAACUCGUAUCUUGAAACAUCAUUCAGCAACUAUCGUGGACAGCUUGACGCAGCCGAGGAAAUAAAUCUGCAGGAAGCACAGAGAACCCAGAAGCUCCAAACAAACAUCAUCAAUCUCCAGAACAAUGACAAGAAGCUCAAGUCUCAGCUGAUGGAAAAGAAGGCGCUCAUCGCAAAGGCCAAGUCGCUCGCAUGCACAAGCAAGGUCUCAGACGACGCGAUUCUGAGUCUUUGGAGGAAGAUGAAGUACAGCAUUCAGAACAUAGCCUCCACGAUUCUACCGGAGUGUCCUUCCCGGGAAGACAUCGAAACUAAUAUUGCAGACCCAGACUGCGUGCUCAGCAUCUUGAAAACCCGGAUUUACGGUUUUCUCCGAGAUGAGGAUACGAGAUCUAGCAUUGUUGAGCUACUCAUAUGGGAAAUGCUCCAGCAGGAAAUUUUCAAGCCAUUCUCGGAGACCCUCACUGGCGUGCGUUGGGAUGGCCUGGAGGGCCAAUGCUUCUCUGUCAUAUUAGAGGGCAUGGCAGACACCGCCCUCAAAAAGGAUUCAGACGCCAAAUCAUUCUUCCAGUGGAAAGCCGAAGGCGCCGGGAUGAUCGAGGAUAAGAUCGGAGUCGACAAGCAGAAGCUUAAGCGAACGGCUGAUGAACAGGCUGCGACCUUCUAUCUAUUCGUGCCACGACAUAGAGUUCACCACAAGACCGCCAUGGAAAGGCUCUUCAAGAACCUUUGCAAUGUCAUCGAAGAUGCAUUGAGUCUUCAUAAGAUCUUCAUGACGUCAAAGGCACACUUCACCCUGGACCGGCCCCAAGCAACGGGUCGUGGUCGCCUCACCCGAUACGACUCGGAGUGGAUGGAUGCCGAGUCUUGGGUCAAGGAUCCUUUGGACAACCGGAGCUCCCUGAACUUCCUCAUUUCCCCGGGACUCGUCAAGCACGGCACAGCGGAUGGAGAACACUACGACCAGCAACUUCGAUUGGUCAAGGCUCGUGUUGCCUGCAACUGA